CUCCAGCCCAAUGACGUACCAAAAUUGCUCAAGUAUCAUUACGGUUCUUCUCCAGAUGAGGCCACAGCACUCGGCUGUCACUAUAAACUGACCAGGCUGCGGUGGGUCCCUAAUUCUUGCUAUGAUGCCGAGCUAGGUAAGGAGUUUGGCAAUCAUGGAUGGCUGUACUUCCUCAACAAGAAUGCCACCAAGGAGAUAAGUAAAGAGUUGGUCCUGCGCGGAAAUGAGCCGGUCAUAUUCAUCACGUGGGAACAGCACCUCACUCAUUGCGCUUACAGUAUGCGCAUGCCGUACCGCAGGUACAAGGAACAUCAGAUAGACCAUACUAUACCAUCUUACAUUCGGGACAAGGAACAUUUCAAUUACUGU